AGCUUCAACCGACAACUCCAUAACUUUAAGACAAGACCCACGGAGCUGAGCUGAUGCACAUAUACAGAGGACUGAUUCGCACAAGGAACUAUUAAAUCUGUUCCCUUUGAGAGUCUGUAGCUGUGGAAAGAUGGGUUGCUCAGUCUUGACAUGCCUGGACCCCACCUUGGUACACUGUUAGUGAUGAAGCGCUCCUCUGCAGUCCUACUACUUACUCUAUCUGUCCUGUACAGUGUUGAAUGUAAGCUUGGGGAGCCAAUCCAGCAAAUGGUGCAAGAAUGGGAAAGGUAUCGGAAAGAGUGCAUAUCAAACAUCAGCUCAGAACCAAUUCCCUCAGGUUUGUUCUGCAAGCGCAUGUUUGAUCAUUAUGCUUGCUGGACAGACGGGCUGCCUAACACCACAGUCAAAGUGCCCUGUCCCUGGUAUUUGCCCUGGUACAAUCAAGUGCGCAGUGGUUUCGUCCUACGGGAAUGUGGUCCAGAUGGCCAGUGGCACACAAAAAAUACCAGCAACACUUGGAGAAACAACUCACAAUGCGAGGCCCACAAAGGACAGGAGGAACAGAUGUGGAUCCUAGCCUGCUUUAGAGCGAUGUACACAGUUGGCUACUAUUUGUCUUUGGCCAGCCUCACUCUGGCCCUCAUCAUAUUAUUUCAAUUUAGGAGACUACGUUGCACUCGCAACUACAUCCACGCCAACCUGUUUGCUUCUUUCAUCCUGCGUGCCGCGUCUAUUCUUACACGCGAUAUUCUCCUCCACAAACUCCCUCUUGAUGCCCAGUACAACUAUAAUUCGUCCACUGUUCUCAGUGACCACAUCUCAACAAACAUGACCACCGAUUUCAAUGCACUCACUGGCUGCCGCAUAGCUCAAGUGGUAAUGCAGUACUGUGUGGGGGCCAGCUAUUUCUGGCUACUAGUGGAGGGCCUGUACCUCCAUAACCUUCUGAUACUUUUUGUGUUCUCUGAGAACAGCUACUUAUGUGGUUAUGUCAUCCUUGGCUGGGGUACUCCUCUACUUUAUGUGGUGCCAUGGAUAAUCCUGCGCCAGCUGAGGGAGAACCAUGGGUGCUGGGAGAAAAAUGAAAACAUGGUACAUUGGUGGAUUAUUCAAACUCCUACCUACCUGGCUAUUUUUGCAAACUUUUAUGUUUUCAUAAGGAUCUUACGGCUCCUUGUCUCCAAAUUAAAAGCAAACCAGAUGAGACAAUCAGAUAAUAAAUUCAGAUUGGCCAAGUCUACCCUGACCCUGAUACCCCUACUGGGAAUUCACAAGGUAGUGUUUACAAUGAUGUCAGAGGAAACAAAUGAUAGUCCAAUAAGGAACAUCUGGCUCUUCUUUGAGCUCUUCUUUAACUCAUUUCAGGGUUUACUGGUGGCAACCUUAUACUGUUUUGUGAAUAAAGAGGUGCAGUCAGAAAUUAAGAAAGAGUGGCAAUGUUGGAAGCUGGGAAUGAGCACAUUGGAUGAACAACCCACAACCAGCAGCCACGUAUUACAGGGGGCAAGUGGACCUCAAGAACAUGAAACCCAACCACGCUGUCUAAGCAGUAAUGAAGAGAGUUGCCUCCCCAUGGACCCUCGUUCUUCGUUCACACAUAUUCCCCUCCAUCUGCGUCACCCAAAAGCAAAAAAAGACAAGGCAUAUUGUUACAUUUCAGUGCAUAAGCAAAUGCUGAAUAUAUCAGAUCCAUCAGCACCAGACCAUUGUGAGGCUGAAGGAGGAUGUUCUGAGAGCUACUGCUAAGAAGUUAGAACCAUGUGGCAAUAGAUAUCUAGAUGAGGUCUAUAAAACAUUUUCAAAGGUAUAAAAAAUGACAAAAAGCUGGAUGUAAUAUCAAUUUUGUAGAAGUGUUUUGAAAUCAUUGGCAUUUACUGAAUAAAGCUCUAUGGUGUGC